UUUAUCAAGACUACCGGAAGUGUCUCGCAAAUCAUGGCAAUCGUGAACACGGUUCUAGUACGAGUUGGAAAGAAAAAUGAUGACUAACAGAAUUCUAAUUACCCCGCAAUUUACGUUAUCAUUGAAAAACGAAAGAUAGGAAGAUAAAUCUUAUGCUCGUGAAAUUAUAUAUAGCCACCACGUGGAAAGAGAGUAUAAGAACAACUUCUAUUUUUAUCAUUAUCUCGAGAUAGCGAACGAUGCUCUCGGAUCUAGUAGCACUUCUUCUCGUUGCCUUCCACUUUGCAUACCGAUUAGAUAAAACGACUUCCGUUCCUUUCCUUUCUCAACUAACUCUAAAUCUAAAUGAUCCAGCUUGAACCAACGAGCGUUUAACCCUUCUUUCAAUUAUUCAUGUUUUUACUACUAUCCUCCUUCGGGGGUCUAUCUGACCCGUAACGAAAAUUACGUCUCCACGGUGUAAUUAAAAGAAAAAGGUAAACUGCGUGAACAGAGUUUUAGGUCGACCAGAAGCGUUUUUGUAACAGAUUUGCGUAACUAACGACCGCGAGGACAAUCACGUGUUUAUAAUUAAACGUUUUACGUAACGAGUCUCGUAUUUAACCGGCACCGAUUCUCUCGGUUACGCAUCGAUUGAUACCAAUAGUCAGCAUCAAAGAACGAUCUCGUUUCAAUAGAAAAUUUCAUCCCAUUUAGUAGAAGAAUAGAAAGUUCGUUUACGUGGUAUCGAUCUGUAGUAUCUUUGAAGGAAUUAGAAAAUAAGUUGUUGAUCAAGAUUUCUUUUUUUUUUUUAUCGUUCCGUACGCACACUUUACGGCACUCAAAGUAUUAAUGAUUUAUCAGAUAGUAUGGCGUUAAACAAUCGACCAAGCAGAAAAGUCAUCGAGUUCCCACUCGGAGUGAUGCUUUUUUCCCCCGUUUCACGAACCUCUUCAUGGUCGAACGAUCACGACGAUGAUCAGCACGGUUUUUCCAUUUAUUAAGCUGCUCGAACAUCGUCGGAAACAUUUGUCAGCGAUUUCUUAUUUCAUUGAAAAAAGUAGAUCGAUUUUCACCGUUCUUCGAUACAUUUUUUCCAUCGUUUCACAAAUUUCAGAGAAAUCGUGGGAAUAGUAAUAAAAAUCUAUUUUUAUUAUAAAUAAAAGCCAGGAGUGUUGAAAGGUGUGCACAGGAAAACGUUGUAUUGUCUAACAUUUACCUGAAACCAUUUACUGAAUUGCUAUGAAAUCGGCCGCGAUACGAGCUGCAUAUUUAUCUUUCUCUGAUAAAGAUCAAAACCACUGCUUAGGAAAUUCUACCGACCAUUUCCGCUUGCCGUGAAACGGAAGUGGUCUCGUUCAAGAUAAACGAUUCUCUUUAAGCUGUUAACCUUGUUUAUUCUCAGUUAGUUUGAAAGAAUACAUCAAGUAUGUUCGGUCUACGGUUAAAUGAAACUAGGUCCGCGUUGCAGACGUUGCACAAGGUGUCGAGCAAGGCACGGGAGCAGAACUACUUCCUGGGUGGGUUGUCGCACGACUGGGUCAGCUACUAUGAGCAACGAAUCGAGAGCGAUCGCUCGUGUCUCAACGAGUGGCACGCUAUGGACAGCCUCGAAUCACGGAGACCACCGUCGCCUGAUAGCGUGCGCACCAAGCCCAGGGAGAGGGACGAGACUGAACGCGUGAUCCGAUCGACGUUGAAAGAGAUCAUGAUGUCGGUGGACCUCGACGAGGUAACCUCGAAGUAUAUUCGAGGUCGUCUCGAGGAAGACCUCGACAUGGAUCUCGGCGAGUUCAAGCCGUUUAUCGAUCAGGAGAUGCUCACCAUUCUGGGUCAAAUGGACGCGCCGACGGAAAUAUUCGACCACGUUUACUUAGGAAGCGAGUGGAACGCGAGCAACUUAGAGGAGCUCCAGAAGAAUGGUGUCAGGCAUAUUCUGAACGUUACUCGGGAGAUCGACAACUUCUUUCCCGGGAUGUUUACGUACUUGAACGUCCGCGUGUACGACGACGAGAAGACGGACUUGUUGAAGCACUGGGACGAUACGUACAAGUACAUCACGAAGGCAAGGAAGGAAGGCUCGAAGGUGUUGGUGCACUGCAAGAUGGGGGUGUCCAGAUCCGCCUCGGUGGUGAUCGCGUACGCGAUGAAGGCGUACAAUUGGGACUUCUCGCAGGCGUGGAAGCACGUGAAGGAGAAGCGUAACUGCAUCAAGCCGAACAACAGCUUCCUGCUGCAGUUGGAGACCUACCAGGGUAUAUUGGACGCGAUGAAGAACAAGGAGAAACUUCAGAGGUCCAAGUCGGACACUAACUUGAAGUCUCCGACAUCUACGAAGGAUCAAGCGAAAAAGGAGGAGAAGUCCGACAACGUGGACAACGGAUUGCAAGCUGUUUCAGGUUCUGAACUGAAGAAGACCAGUCAGAGGCCGAAGAGUUGGUCGCCGAACGUGAAGAUCAGCGAAACCAUGUUGCCUUCUGUUCCCCUUUCGCAGUCCCUCGAAAGCAUCGACAAGGCAGGAAGCACGGAAGUGACCAGGGAGGAUCUUCUUCGUUCCAGCAGUCAGAAGCCGGGUAUGGCGCAGGAGGCGCGAAACGUGUUGAUGCCAUGCGACAACGGGCAAUCGUACAGCGUUUCGCAGAAUCAAAUCUUUCACCUGCCUACCCAUCCGGCGGACUCGCCUAGCGUGAAGCACCGAGUCAGCAAGCUCGAGACGCAGGGUCAGAGGAGGAAAGGUUUGGUGCUGAACCUGACGAAUCAGUUCGAAGCGGUUAGCAGCAAACCGUCUUCCCCGAGCUCGGACUCGGACAACAAACCGCUGCUGCCGAGUCCCGUGUCGGAUGUUAACGAAAACGGGCUGGCGCAGCAGACGGAAGUGAAACAAGAGGUGUGGGAUCCUGGUGAGAAACGCGAACCGAAGAAAACGGAGAACGGUAACGAUAGUGAAUGUCUAGUCUGGACUGCAUCGUCGUCCGAUGCAACGUGUAACGAUUCGUGUAGUAACGGUAAGACUAACGGGGAAGUGAGUGGGGAGAGUGAGUACGUCGGGACGAUGACGAUGUCGGUAUACCCCGGCUGUUUGUCGCGGAAAUCGGCGAAGAAGGACGGGGAUCCUUUUAGUACGCAGGUCGACAGAGUGUUCGAUCGCGAGGAAAGGCAAGGGGAGCCAGUCACCAGGGACUCUCCGAGUCGGCAAAGCUCUUGGAGCAGUUACGACAGUGCCGUGGUUCUAGAUAAUAAUUCGGUGCACAGUUCGUGGGCCACGUUACCCUCGAGGAACAGUUCUUGGGGUUCGUACGAUAUGCGACCUUCGGAUCUGCUCGGUUCCAGUGGUCUUUUCCCUUACGACAAGGAAGAGAUACCUUGGCACCCGGGUACGGUGAAGCGGACCAAACAGAAACUCGAAGAGAACACCAGCUCAGGUACGGUGAAGCGGGUGUGCACGCAGAAUUCCGAUAACGAGGACAAGGACAGAUUGGCCGUCGAAGAAGAUUCCUACAAUCCGGUACUCUUACACCACACGGCGUCCCCUACACCGCGUAGAAGGGACUCCUCGCCUAGCCAGGAGCAUAACUUAAAAGUAGAACCCACCCCGGUUAGAAACUCGCCGAGUCCGAUCAGAGGGAUCGACAUCUCGCCCGCGUCGAUUCGUCAGAUCGGUCGACUGUCCACCAGUGCCCCGGCCCCAUCCUCUCUCUCCUCGGACUCGGACCUCCCCUCGUCCUUAAGAUCCUGCAGGUCAGAGAGCGAAACGUCGAGUCCUUGCGUGAUCAACACCACUCAGUGUACCUCUGUGAAGCAUCACAAGAUGGUGCUGGAGAAGCUGAGUAACAAGUCCAUGUUCAACAAGCGUUGCCUCUCCGUCGACGACUCCCCCGAGGCUGAAUGUCCGCGAAGCACCUCGGGUAUCGUGAAGAAUCUGAAGAAGGAAUUCGAGGCGAAAUCGACGAAGCUAGAGAAGAGUCCCGAGAGUAGUUUCGAAGGGGAGUCGUCGAUGGUCGGCCGACCGAAGAGGGACGUCAAGAUCCGAAGUUUACCCUCGUCGCCAGUGAUCCCUCACAAUGAAUCAAAGAUUCAGACCCCGUCCGAAACCAAAGAGAAGGAGAAGCCGAGCGAUAGUGUAUCGCAGGUGUGCUCGCAGGACAGUUCGGAGGACCGGUCGGUCAGGGUGCUAGUGGGCAAGUACGAGGUGAAACCAGACUCUAGGAAGUCCUCGGAGAUCCAGCUGCGCGUGCACAAGGACAAGGAUUGGGAGGCUGUGGAUACACCGAAUUUGGCAAAGAGCAAAGCCACUCCCGAGUACAGUAGAAGGUCAGCCCCGAUCAUGAUCAAUAAUCACUCGUCCCCUCUGUUCCCCGAGGGACCGGAAGCACCCGGUAGGCCACCUGUUCCCUCGGCCGGAGUGGUGGCAGCUAGCAAGAAGCAACAACAGCACGGCAGGACGCAUCCUCUUGCCAGGCUGCAGGUUAGGCCUAGGCACAGCAGUCCGGUAUACAACACCAUGUAGAAGGGGAACGUGUUUUCUCCGUUUGUCGAAUCAGAGCGCGCGUACCUGACAUGCAUGGGUAUGUUGUCGUCGUGGCCACGAUGAAACCGUGUGAUCUCUUAUGAUGCCAACGAGUCGAGGAUCCUCCUCUUCGAGUUCGAUUCAUUUAAAUCGACGGGGAGGGACAGGAUUUAGAUUCGCUUCCCACCAUCUUUCUCGAUGUACAAUUUUACUAAUCGCGCGAGUCCUGUGCUACAGAACCGGCUGACAAUAAGGCAUGGCAUCGAUACUCGCUCGUUCUCAACGGUCUUGCUUUUACUGCCUUUUCAUCCGUUUCCUCUUGUCACAUACACAAUACAUAUAUACACAGACAUUACGCGAACAAGACUUACGGUGCCUUGCCUUGCUGUCCCGUAUUCGUAAGGCACACCGUGUAAAGUCGUUGAACGCGUUUUUAUGUUCCUUCUUCGUCAGACGUGUCUUGGCCUGCCCUUAGUUCAAUUAUUUUUUAAGCUGGAAAUGCAACAAUUAGGAAGACGCGGACAGAAAAACUCUCUUUUUCUCUAUCUCUCACACACACUCUCUCUCUCUCUAUAUAUAUAUAUCUGUUAUUCCUACGACGUGUCGUUGUAAAGUUAAAUGAAAAAAAAAAAAAGAACAAAAAAUGGGCUUGGAAUCAAACGUGUGAUGUUCUGCGGAGACGUAGCGCGGAAGUCGGAGUCAGUGUCGGGGCCCGGUCAGGCUGUGAACGAAAGGGGUCCGUGGCCCCCGCACGAUGCUGGCUCUUUGCUUCUGCUUUCUUGUGAUCGCCGAGGCGCGAGCGACGGGACGACGUGUAACGUUAAGCUGUACUAUUAGUAUUUUAGAGCGAACGAUGUGAUUAGGAUGGUGCACAGUAUGCGAGCAGACGAAAACUCUGGCUAUUUUUCCUGGCGCGAUGUUUCCGGGUCGUUCGAACGUCCUUCACUUUCACCUCAUCUCCUCUUACCGUAUCGAACUCGUGUAAUCGUAGCAUCGUCGUGCGACCUUUCCGCUUUUUCUUUCUUCUCUUUCCUAUCUAUCUCUUUCACUCUCUACCGACCAGUGACCGACCAUUUUGCCCGUCGAAAGUACAAUGAGAAAACCACAUGACCCUGGAACCAUGUUCCAAAUUGGUCGUUCAUCGUUCUCAGACAUAUCAUCGGACCCGUUCGUUCUCUGUUUGCGUUCGCAAAGCCAUGUCGACCAAUUUUAUACUCCCCUGAUGAUGAUGAUGAUGAUGAUGAUGAUGAUGAUAAUGAUGAUGAUAAUGAUGAUGAUGAUGAUGAUGAUGAAUGCGAGGCUCGUUUUUUGAUAAGAUGCACCCGCGACGACUGUGUGUGUAGAAAUAUAUUUUAUUACUGAGAUAAUUUUGCAGAUAAUUUCUCAUACGUUCAUUCUAACCGCUGUUGUCUUUCGGAGGUUAUUUGAAGCGACAAGCGAUCCUGACAGCGAAUGCUAUUCAACUGUAACACAUUGAAUUAGAAUAAAAUGAAAUGUUACAUCGCCCAACACUCUGUGCUUUUGCGUUCCAUACUCGGCGGCAGAACAAUCGGCUGAAAAGAUAAAUAAAGAAAGCAAGUUCAUCGUUUAUCAAGCUGAGAAUUCUUUCGUCUUCACGCCAUUUUUAGAAAAAAUCAUUCUCAAAAAAUAUAAGAAUGGAUAAAGCCUUUGUAAGGCGAAGAAAGGUUAUCCAGGCUGAGCAUCUAUCUCGAAGAUCUGUCUACCAGCGCAGAAUGCCAACUGUGGCACCACGAACAGCGUUCUUGUUUUCUUUGCGUAUUUUGGAUUCACCGGACCUACGUCGAAGCUGUACGUGCCGCCGUUCAAAUUCCUGAUUAACGCCAAAGUCUGUGGGAGAAAUGUUAGACAUUAAUUGGCAAGGAUGAACGCUAAUUAGCCCUAUGGGCAGCCAAUAUCUAAGAACGCCCACGGGCAUUGCUACCAUGGAGCCUUCCUACGGUGUCUGGAACUUACCGCCUGAGAUCGCAAGUCGACCACCCUGAAGAGAUUAGUGUCCGAACCGCCGCAUGCAAGAAACAUGUUCGUCACGAACUUUCCACAGUAGAGUAGAGAAGUAUAGCUGUCAGGUUCUAUGGUGACCAGCAGUUUUCCACUGCCAUAAUCCCAUAACUGAACGGCAUUGUCCCUCUGCCAUGCACAUGUUAGAAUCUGCUCACAGAAAUGAUUUCUGAAUUCCUACAUUUUCAUUUGAAUGACUUUUAUUUGUUGACGAACGCUGGAUAAGCUUCAGAAGGAAUAUUUUAUACCGAAGGAACUGACGAUGGUGGUUUAAGAAACUAUACUAGGAAUAAACUUGAAUUUGAAUAACGAGCUUGACUUCUAAAUGUAUGGACCUCCUUUCCAUUCUUGCUGAUGUCCAAUCCGUCGCCACAUAUAUGGACACCGGAUAUCCGUCUCAUAGCAUAAGGUUGCCUGGUGUCCCAGAAUUGUAUGGUGUCGUCCCAUCCACCGCUGAUCAACUCGUGCGCCGAUUUUGGGUUGAAACACGCACUAAAAACUCGGGAUUUAUGACCGUCCAUAACUUCCAACGAGUCGCUGGAACAAAAGAAUGUUUUUAAGUUAGGAUUGUCAUUAUUAAAAAAGAUAACGCUAAGAUUGUUAUAAUUGAAAUUGUAAAUCAGAUGAUCCGAAGUAUAAUCAUGAUACACUGGCCUGAUGGGAUUCCCCCAUUGCUUCCUCCACUCCAAGCGUUUUACGUGCCUUCAUCAAAUUCAUCCAUACAGUUCCCCAUAGGAUCUAAAGUUUGUAUAAUCUGAUCCUUUUGAGUAUUAAAAAAAAAUUGAAAUAAA